GCACAUCAGGCAAUGCAUUUAAGAACAGCGCCACAUGACGAAGUGUCAAAUUUUCUUAACGGCUGAAAUUCCUUUCCGUGGAGUGGAACUGAAUAUAUGAGAAGGAUCUCUUUGCUUCAAUGUGUGUGACAGAGGAGUCUGGUGUUUUCCAUUGUCAAACACGUACCAGAUGACCAUCCUUGUGUCAACCCUGAUUCAGAGCAAAGCUAAGGUAGUUGCAGGUAAAGUGUCUGUGUGUACUUAUGUUCCUGAGCUUCCCUCUGACUAUGGCUGAGGUCCCUGGUCCAUGCAGACACUCCAUCACUAGGGAGCACCUGCUGACAGUCAGGCAUCUGAUGGAUAACCAGUUGCGGAGCGGGUGCACGAUAACCUACACAUUCAUAGAACGGAGAAGUUUGAGCAAGUGUUGCUUUGUAAAAGCUGCUCUACCCUGGAUCCUGGAGCUCCUCACCACCCACUUCAAAUACAGUCGGGGUUCGGUCAACGACGGCUACGUACAGUCCCUGAGAGCGCUCAUCCUCAACAUAUACUCUCAGAAAUGCGUGCCUCAGAUAAACGAGGAGGUUGAGGACAAGCCAGAGAGUUUUGAGAUACUCUACAGAGGGUCCACUUCAGAGGCGCUGCAGAGGGCUUCGGAUGUUCUGUCUGUUUACUGGGAGCUGGUGACGAAGAGCGACUCGCCGGUAGACUGGAGAUGCCAGCACGAAUACACAGAACUCUUUGGCUCGUCCACAGAGCUAUACACAGAGUCACCCAUGCAGCAUUUUACAGACAGUUAUGUUUGGAGCUCGGCGAAGGCCUCCCAGAGAAGACCAGUCAGAGACCUGUACAUCCUCGGCUUCAUCGUGGUCUCCAUCUGUGGAGGACUGCUUCUCAUACUCACUCUCUACUGUCUCAUCACACAAAAGAUAACUCACAACCCUCACAGAUCAAGAUCACACACGAACUCAAGAGAGCGGCAGGACGUAGAGAUGGAGCCGCAAUAAUUAGAGAGCACAUCGCUGCAGCAGCAGACGGAGCACUCGUGAAGCUGCACAUUAUUUCCGUCACGAACAAGUUUUCAUAUCAGUGUUGUUUGUUUGUAAUGUAUCAUGCUCACCGUUUUAAUCAGAAGCUUUGCUUUGACUGAGAGCAGAGAUGGGCCUUAUUUGAAAUAAUAUGGUAUGUAUAUUAUGUUUGUGCGUUAUGUAUUGCAGAUAUCUUUUCCACUAAAACAAAAAAUGUUUUAUUUUUACACUAGUUAUGUAUGUUGAACCAUGUGUGUCCAUUUGCUACCACUUAACCAAUUGUUUGUUAUGUUGUUUGUCAAACAUUUCCACAAGUUAUUUAUUAGUUUGACUCCAUUCAGUCACUGUAUUGAUAAUAAAGCUUCCAUCAUUAUCAAAUCCAAGACAUAAAUCUCUCCGUCUUCCAGCACAUUCAUAUACGAGCACAAGGAGCUCGGAUCUAAAGAGCAGGUUCCCGACCUCAUUAAAG